AUGAAGGCGGAAGCGGACAGAACCGAUGGACAACAGCAAGUGGAAGUUCGAUUCGCGACUGAAAUGGAAGAUGAACGUUUCCAUUUCUUGAGUGGAGGAAUUGUGCUUCCCGUUAACUUGACGAGACGUGGAUUAUCCGAAGUCCUUAAUACAUUGCUCGAAUUAGAAGAGUCUGUAGCAUUCGAUUUCUUGAUCGAAUUUUCAGGAAGAAAUGAAGACGGAACACUCUCACAACAACGCGUUCUCCUCCGCACUUCUCUUUCCAAGUUUAUGAAAGCUCACAAAAUCACGUCUGAAUCUGCUCUUGUUCUUCAUUAUUUUCUUGCACGGUCAAAAUUCGAAUCCUCAGAUUUUUCGUCAACUGACGAUUGGGUCGUUUGUCUGUCAUCAUUACAACCAGAAUCAGAUCAACCAUUUAUCAUUUCCAGUGGAUCUGCUGAUGGAUCGUAUGUGACCGUCCCAGACACCACCACGAUGACAACACUCCCCCCCUUCUUUGAAGACAAGAAACAACUCAGCUGUCGGAAAACAUCUUCCUCAUCGUUGUCUUCCAUUCUGUUGUCCGAUCUAUCGAUCAAUGAUUCAAUACUGGAAGUGAUUGCGACUAACAAAUCUGGAGAAAUAGUCGUUGGAUAUCACGAAAUAGAAAAUCAACAAAGCGGCCGUAACAGUCAUUUCAAAGGGACGAAG